GGCAGCUGCGGGGCGGCGGGGGCAGGGCGUGGUGAGGCGGGGUCAGUGCCCGAGUGGGGUUCCCUGGAGCCAUGGCCUGCUCCUUGGUCCAGUUCUGCUACUUCCAGGACCUCCAGGCCACCCGGGACUUCCUCUUUCCUCACCUGCGGGAGGAGACCCCCAGCGGCGCCGCGCGAAGGGACCCCAGUAAAUCAGCAAACUGGGAAGAUGACGGCUGGGGAGCAUGGGAAGGAACAGAGCCCCAAGAACCCUUUUACCCACAGGAGGAAGAAGGAACCACUUGCAAAACACAAAAAACUUCCUGGCUGCAAGAUUGUGUUUUGUCCUUAUCUCCAACCAAUGAUCUCAUGGUGAUAGCUCGAGAGCAAAAAGCGGUGUUUCUCGUGCCAAAAUGGAAGCAUAGUGAUAAAGGAAAGGAAGAGAUGCAGUUUGCUGUUGGUUGGAGCGGUUCUUUAAAUGUUGAAGAAGGGGAAUGUGUAACCAGUGCUCUGUGUAUUCCGCUGGCAAGCCAAAAGAGGAGUUCCACUGGGCGACCUGAUUGGACCUGCAUUGUGGUGGGCUUUACUUCAGGUUACGUACGCUUCUACACGGAGAGUGGUGUGCUCUUGCUUGCUCAGCUUUUGAACGAGGACCCCGUGCUACAGCUCAGAUGCAGGACCUAUGAGAUCCCACGGCAUCCCGGUGUGACUGAGCAGAAUGAAGAGUUGAGUAUUUUAUAUCCAGCUGCCAUUGUGACUAUUGACGGAUUCAGCCUUUUUCAAUCUCUUCGUGCUUGUCGAAAUCAGGUUGCAAAAGCUGCAGCAUCGGGCAAUGAGAACAUCCAACCACCACCAUUAGCUUAUAAGAAAUGGGGUCUACAAGAUAUUGACACUGUUAUUGAUCAUGCUAGCAUCGGUAUUAUGACUCUGUCCCCUUUUGAUCAGAUGAAGACUGCCUCCAAUAUAGGUGGAUUUAACGCGGCAAUAAAAAACAGCCCGCCGGCCAUGUCCCAGUAUAUCACUGUAGGGUCCAGUCCGUUCACGGGCUUCUUCUACGCCCUGGAGGGAAGCACACAGCCCUUAUUAUCUCACGUGGCACUAGCAGUUGCAAGUAAACUCACCUCUGCUUUAUUUAAUGCUGCCAGUGGUUGGCUUGGUUGGAAAAGUAAGCACGAAGAGGAAGCUGUCCAAAGGCAGAAGCCGAAGGUUGAACCUGCCACCCCGUUAGCUGUGAGAUUUGGACUGCCAGAUUCUAGACGCCAUGGUGAGAGUAUAUGUCUGUCUCCAUGUAACACACUGGCGGCAGCAACAGAUGAUUUCGGCAGAGUUAUCUUGUUGGAUGUAGCUAGAGGAAUUGCAAUACGCAUGUGGAAAGGGUACCGAGAUGCACAGGUUGGAUGGAUCCAGGUUGUAGAGGACCUCCACGAAAGACCAGAAAAGGUGGAGUUGUCCCCCUUUGGGAAUACUCAGGGGCCAAGCCGAGUGGCUCAGUUCCUUGUGAUCUAUGCACCGAGAAGGGGAAUACUGGAAGUGUGGAGCACACAGCAGGGCCCUCGAGUAGGAGCUUUCAAUGUGGGGAAGCACUGUAGGCUGCUAUAUCCUGGCUAUAAAAUAAUGGGCCUAAAUAACGUUACCAGUCAGAGCUGGCAGCCCCAGACCUGCCAGAUGUGCCUCGUUGACCCAGUGUCGGGGAGCAUGAAGACGGUGACUGUUCCCUUCCACUUAGCUCUGAGUGAUAAAAAAAGUGAACGGGCCAAGGACAUGCACUUAGUGGAGAAACUUGCAGCCUUGCUGAAAACAAAAUCACCCAACCUAGAUUUGAUUGAAAUGGAAAUACAGGAAUUAAUUCUUGAUAUUAAGUACCCUGCAACCAAAAAGCAGGCGUUGGAAAGCAUUUUGGCAAGUGAACGCUUAACAUUUUGCUGCCUUAGAAACAUCACUCAGACUUUAAUGGAUACUUUACAAAAUCAAGAGCUUGAGUCUGUUGAUGAAGGAUUGCUACAGUUUUGUGCCAAUAAACUGAAAUUGCUCCAUCUGUAUGAGUCUGUCAGUAAAUUAAAUUCCCUUGACUUGCAUUCAGAUGCACCGUCCUCUGAUAACGACUGGGCUGUGUUACUGAAGCUUGAUGAAAAAGAACUGCUAAAGCUGCAGUCAUUAUUGGAGAAGUACAAGCAAGAGAACACCAGGCCUGCCGUCCGAUUUUCCGAAGAUAAGGAUGGCACGUUGCCUGUAAAAACAUUCCUGGAGUAUUUAGACUACGAGAAAGACGUGAUCAACAUAAAGAAGAUAAGUGAGGAGGAGUAUGUAGCGUUGGGCAGUUUCUUUUUUUGGAAGUGUUUGCAUGGAGAAAGCUCCACUGAGGAUAUGUGUCAUGCCUUGGAGUCUGCUGGUCUCAGUCCCCAGCUGUUGUUGUCUCUACUCCUGAGUGUUUGGCUUUCUAAGGAAAAAGAUAUUUUGGAUAAACCACAGUCUGUCUGCUGUCUUCAUACAAUGCUGUCCCUCCUGAGCAAGAUGAAAGUGGCCAUCGAUGAGACCUGGGACUCGCAGUCCGUGUCCCCUUGGUGGCAGCAGAUGCGCGCGGCUUGUAUUCAGUCCGAGAACAACGGAGCGGCUCUGUUAUCUGCGCACGUCGGGCAUUCUGUGGCUGCACAGAUAUCCAACACUAUGACGGAGAAAAAGUUUUCCCAAACAGUCUUGGGCGCUGAUUCAGAGGGCCUCACUGAUUCCUGGGAAGCACUUUCUCUUGACACUGAAUACUGGAAACUCCUGCUGAAACAACUGGAGGAUUGCCUCAUACUUCAGACUCUGCUUCACAGCAGAGUGAAUACUCGACCCUCCAAGGUAUCAUCGCUGCAGGCUGAGCCACUCCCAAGGCUUUCUGUUAGAAAAUUGUUGGAAGGAGGAAAAGGUGGCAUUGCAGACAGUGUAGCCAAGUGGAUAUUUAAACAAGACUUGAGCCCUGAAGUAUUGAAACUGGCUGACAAAGACAGAGAGGUAGAAAACCCCGAUGAACCCAAAGAAGGUGAUAACAGAUGUUUCCUUGAAACAUCAGAGGCAGACAUGGACUUAGGAGCCAUAUCAGACCUGCUGCACUUGGCCUAUGAACAGUUUCCUUGCAGCCUUGAGCUGGAUGUGCUGCACGCUCAUUGUUGUUGGGAGUACGUGGUUCAGUGGAAUAAGGAUCCAGAGGAAGCACGCUUUUUUGUUAGGUCCAUAGAACACUUGAAGCACAUUCUGAAUGCACACGUUCAAAAUGGCAUCGCACUGAUGGUGUGGAAUACGUUCUUGGUUAAAAGGUUUUCUGCUGCCACAUACUUGAUGGACAAGGUUGGAAAAUCACCAAAGGAUAGGCUGUGCCGAAGGGAUGUGGGGAUGAGCGACACAGCGGUGACAUGUUUCCUGGGCUCCUGCCUGGACCUUCUUCAGACCUUAAUGGAGGCGGAUGUUAGCAGGGAUGAAAUGCAGGCACCCGUCCUGGAUACUGAGGACGCCUGGCUCUCUGUCGAAGGCCCCACCUCAAUAGUGGAGCUGGCCCUCGAGCAGAAGCACAUCCACUACCCGCUGGUGGAGCACCACUCGGUCCUUUGCUCCAUCCUGUAUGCAGUCAUGAGGUUUGCCCUCAAGUCUGUGAAGCCACUGUCACUUUUUGAUAGCAAGGGAAAAAAUGCAUUUUUCAAAGAUCUAACAUCAAUUCAGUUAUUACCUAGUGGGGAAAUGGAUCCAAAUUUUAUUUCUGUACGACAACAGUUUUUGCUGAAAGUUGUUAGUGCGGCUGUCCGGGCCCAGCAUUCAGGUGUGAACGACAGAGAUCCCUCAGAAGAGGCAGUGACCACUCCUUUUUGGAAAGACCAAGAUUGGCCGGUUCUAGCUGUGGAUUUAGCACAUCACCUUCAAGUUAACGAAGACAUUGUCAGAAGACAUUACGUGGGGGAGCUGUACAACCACGGCGUCGACCACUUGGGAGAAGAGGCUAUUCUCCAGGUCCAGGACAAGGAAGUCCUUGCCUCUCAGCUGCUCCUGUUGAUAGGGCAAAGGCUGGCUUAUGCACUCUUCCACACCCAGACAAGAGAAGGAAUGGAGCUGCUUGCCAGGCUCCCGCCCACACUGUGUACUUGGCUGAAAGCAAUGGACCCCCACGGUCUCCAAAACACUGCAGUGCCAAUUGCAACAACAGCUAAACUAGUUAAUAAAGUCAUUGAGCUUUUGCCAGAAAACCACGGGCAGUACAGUCUAGCCUUACACCUUAUUGAAGCUGUGGAAGCCAUAUCUAUUCCUUCAUGACACCUCCCCACUGGGCUAAUGAUAAUGAAAACAGUCUUAAAAUGGUGUGAUUAUAACAUGAGUUAGUGCAUGGUUAUUUUACAUAGUGAGAUCGGGAAUUUUGUGAAGGGAGUAUGUCUUUUUUUUGUAAAAUAAAUAAAGAUGUAUAUUACUUUUUAGUCCUGGUUAAAUUCCACUCCUUUGGUUAAUACUGAAGAUGAAAUAUAAGUGAAUAUCAAUUAUACCAUAAUUACUAACACAAGUGUUUUACUGUUUAUUUCUAAUUCAAGUACUUAAGUAGCUUUAUUGUAAAACUUUGCCGUAUUUAAAAUUGGUUAUAAUUUAGAUUGUCCUUAUUAUAAGAUUAUAUAUUUCAUACUUAAAACAUUAUUGUUGUAAUUAAAUUUAUGUGGUUCACAUACAGUCCCCAUCAGUAAAGGCGGAGAAGCAGCCCCUCUUGAAUUAAUGAGUGUCGGGAAAACGCAUUUCUCCUGCUGAGUCCCCUGCUGGGCUGUGCCUGUGAGUCCUGGAUGCUGACAGGCUCCUUUCUCAGAGGUUCUGCGGCCGUCAGAGGUGCAUGGCCUUGCUUGUGGACGAGGAAUGGGUUUUCAGGGUCAUCAGACUCAUCACAGAGGACACUAGAAAGAACCCUUAACCUGUUGCCAAAACUGAGAAUCUGAAAUGUAGGACCAACAUGGCAAAAUUCAUUAUAAUGUGAGUUAAGAUCUGCUUUUUGCCAAGGUUCAAAGCUGUAUCCACAUCAGGUACUUGUAAAAAUGUAUUAUCUUGUAAAACCUGUGUAAAAAAGGGCAGAAAUGCCAAAAAAUCUUAAAUCCAACUUUAUUUUUCCUACAAGUGUUUAGAAAUGUCUGCUCUGGGAUUUGGUAAUGCUCUGUGUCCUGGGGACCGUUAAGAAGAUGCUUUGUCACACUACAGCUUUAGCAAACCUACCUCACAGCUGAUUGAGAGGAUACAAUACAACUGAUCUCCUACCCUGCAGUGCCUCGAGCAGUCCAAAGCUGAAUAAGUAUGCUGACUAAAACCAAGUUAACCAAAACUCUGUAAAAAGUGCUUUGAGCUCUACAGAUACCAAGUAGUCAUUAUGGUGUAUACCUUUGGAAUGCAGCCAUACAGUGCAGUUAUUGAUGCCACCGACCAGUUGUUAGUCUCAUUGUGAUACAGAAGUUUGUUUCUUCAUUUCCUGUAAAAAGCCAGUUCUACCAACUGUACAAAGUCCUUCAGGGAUAUAAGGGAAAACGUGGAUGUUUAGGGAUAUUCCAGGGAUAUUCUUUUUAACUAAAAGAUGACAUCCAAAUCAGAACUUACCUUGCUAAAACUUAAUUACCGUUUAAGUAACUACCAAAUUGAAAAUCUUGAAGAUAAAUUUUUAAGCUCAGCAGUGGGGUGGGCCUGCAUGUCUGGUGGAGGCACCUAUUCUGACCCAGGAGCAUUUAAGUUGUCUGAGGAGCGGGGUGGGCCUACGUGUCUCGUGGAGGCACCCACUCUGAGCAGGAGCAUUUAAGCUGUGUGAGGAGCGGGGUGGGCCUGUGUGUCUGGUGGAGGCACCCACUCUGACCAGGAGCAUUUAAGCUGUCUGAGGAGUGUGGUGGGCCUGCAGGUCUGGUGGAGGCGCCCACUCUGACUAGGAGCAGCACUGAGAUGGCCUGAUGUUAGACUACCCUCCCCUAGCCUCUUCUUGGAUCCUGCUGUACCGCCAGACACAUUGAUGAGAUUUCUUGUAAAUUAUUGAGAUUUUAUAUAGUCACUUGUUAUAUGUAUCCUAAGAAAUUAGUUUUUCCCAUAGUUUUUCUAAAUACUCUCAAAGCAGUAUGAAUUUAGGAGGCUGAUCAAAAAAAAAAAAAACUUGCAAUUAUUAGAUAAUAAAACUGGUUUAACUUACUGCAGCAGGACACGCACUCAAGUCUGAGAAUAGUGAAGAGUAUAAAUGAGCCGAGAUUCAGCUGAGAACCAUGACGCAGAUCACCAAGUCUCUAGUUAGAGUUGUAACAUGAAAACUUAACGUUUCUAGAAAUUAAAAAAUCAAAUUCUAAAGUGUUUGGUUAAGAAAAUCAAAGAACUUACUAUUUCAUCAAGGGCUUUAAAAAAAAUCUUAUAGGAAGAAGAAAAAUAAACACCUGCGUAACAACAAAGAGCCGUAAGUAAAAGACGCAGAUUUUCUGUAGAGCAGGUGGCUUCUGCAGGAAAGUCACUGAUGGGAAACCAACACCCAGACUGUCAUGGUUUCCUAGAUAUCCCGCCAUCCCCACACCUUUCCUCGUUAACGUUAAACCGGCAUCACGUACCUGUUAAAUUAACGCCAUCAUAUAAUGCUGAAAGAAAAUAAAUGUUCCAAUAAUCCAAACUCGGGCGCUACCAGCUGUGCCCGACUAGAGGGCUGGUUAAAUGUAGAUGAGGAGACAGAACCAAGCUUCUAAAUGCCUCAUACUGAGACAGAAGAGAGUUUCACCUUUGUUACAAAACGUCAUCUACAGUCGAAAUAAUGGAUACUGUUACAUUGAAGUUGCUUCAUUAAAAAAAAAAAAAAAUCCAAUUUAAAA